AUGCCAAGGUUGAAAGAAGAAGAGUUAGAGCGCCCAACUGCUGAUACCAGCAAAGCAGAUGAUGGGCCUGCCAAUAUCACACCAAGGGCAAAAAAAUAUGAGUUACAUCGCCCAACUGCUGAUACCAGCAAAGCAGAUGAUGGGCCUGCCAAUGUCACACCAAGGUCGAAAAAAUAUGAGUUACAUCGCCCAACUGCUAAUACCACCAAAGCAGACAAGGGGCCUGUCAAUAUCACCCCAAGGUGGAAAAAAGAUCAGCUGCAUCGCCCCACUGCUAAUACCACCAAAGCAGACUAUGGGCCUGUGAACAGAAAAAGAAACAUGGACAACAUCAAUAUAGAGGAAAGAAGCUCCCUGCCUAAAAAGAGAAAGAGAGGCCACAUUAAUAUGGAUGAAAGAGGCGGCAUGCCUAAAACAAAGGACAAAAGAGGGGGUAUGCCUAAGAUUAUGGAUGAAAGAGGCGACGUGCCUAAAAGGAGAAAAAUAACCUUUGAAGAUUUCCCCCCAAAGUGGAAGAGAGAGAAGCAACAAUGUUGGAACCAUGCCGUUCGAAAUCACACUGGCAGGUGGAAGAGAGACAAGCAAUGCCUAAAUAAUGGAUUCUUUACUUGGAAUGAGCCAACUAUUCAAGUCAGAAUAGAAAUGAGGCCUGAAAGCUCUUACCAGCGAAAAUGGAGCCAGCCUAAGGGCAGAACACGAUUUCGUCCAUAUUAAGAACUCAUUGAUAUAAAGUUGCAGGGCCUGAUAGAUCUUACCUGCAAAAAUGGAGCCGGCAUAAGAGCAGAAGAAGUUUUCAUCCAUAUUAAGAAAACAUUAAUAAAACGUUGCAGGGCCUGAAAGAUCUUACCAGCAAAAAUGUUGCCGGCCUAAGAGAAAAAGUCGAUUUCAUCCAUAUUAAGAACGCAUUAAUAAAAUGUUGCAGGGCCUGAAAGAUCUUAUCAGCAAAAAUGGAGCCGGCCUAAGAACAGAAGACAAUGUCAUCCAUAUUAAGAACUCAUUGAUAAAAUGUUGCAGGGCCUGAAAGAUCUUACAAGCAAAAAUGGAGCCGGCCUAAGAGCAAAAGUCGAUUUCGUCCAUAUUAAGAACGCAUUAAAAUGUUGCAGGGCCUGAAAGAUCUUAACAGCAAAAAUGUUGCCGGCCUAAGAGCAGAAGACGAUUUCAUCCACUUAAAAACGCAUUAAUAAAAUGUUGCAGGGCCUGAAAAAUCUUAUCAUCAAAAAUGGAGCCGGCCUAAGAGCAGAAGACGAUUUUUUCCAUUUUAA